CUCCCCUCGGUUCCGUUGAAAAGUUCUUCUUUCUUCGUGGGGAGCUUAUCUUCUCUGUAUUUUUUUCCUUCUUUUUUGGUUUCUUCUCCUUCUUUUGCUUGUUGGAGCUCCGUUUCUGGUUUUGAUCUUUUGUUGGUGGUCGAUAAUUUGGUUCCUCUCGGGAACCAAUUCGGCGAUCUAUUGUUUUUCGUCGGCAUUUUUGGUUAAAGAGAGAGAAUUCUUUUAACCGAUCGUUUUUGUUGGUUCCUCCGUUGUUGUAUUCCCUUACCCUUUUCCUCCAUCUGUUGGAUAUUCAUACGAUCUGUUAAUUUCUCAUUGGUAUUUCAGGUGAAGGUUGUCCUUCGGAAUUUCGGUUUUCUGGGUUUCCCCGUUGUGUUCGUUCGUUUCUCUUUGGGAGGAACCGUGUUAAGCUUAAUGGUUUUCUUGGUCUUCCAAAAAAUUGGAUUUUCUGGUGGUUUUUGAAGGCGACUGGUUUUUUUUUUUUUCUUAAGAAGAUCCAUUGCUAAGGAUCUCGUACAAAAUGUGUGGAGUGUGGUACUUGAUGUAAUUGAGAUCUUCUCGACAUAAUUUGGUCUUUCAAUUCUUUGUCUAGUUUUGUUUCUGGAACCUAUCCGUCGUCUUUCUUCUUUUUAUUCCGUGGUUGCCUUGCGGUAGCCUGUUGUCUUCGUAUGAUCUGAAAGACAAACGUGUUUGGAUUGCUUUGGUCAGUGAUUCUUAAAAUGGAGGACAACGCGCAGCGGCAUGGUUUGUUGGCAUAUGCACGUCCUCACUUCAUUGCAUGUAGGGACGAUUCCUACCCUGACGAGGUAAGGCGCUUCAAGAGGAGAUACAGGAUGAAGCGUUGGCUCUGUUGUAGUUGUCAUGUGGAUGAUACAUAUAGGGCUGAUGAUGAUGAUCUGCUAAGAAGCCCAACGAAUGCCUAUGAUGGAAUACAAAAAGGUUCAAAGCCAUCUGUCCAAGCCAUGCCUGAACCUCAAAAGAUUCCACCAAUUGACGUACCAGCCUUGUCGUUGGCUGAACUGAAAGAAAAGACUGACAAUUUUGGGACAAAAUCUUUAAUUGGUGAAGGAUCAUAUGGCAGAGUCUAUUAUGCAGCAUUGGAUAGUGGCAAAGGUGUGGCAAUAAAAAAGCUUGAUGUUUCAAAUGAACCAGAGUCCAAUACAGAGUUUUUGACUCAGGUCUCUGCAGUCUCAAGAUUGAAGCACGACAAUGUUGUUGAGUUGCUUGGCUACUGUGUGGAGGGGAAUCUGCGUGUUUUAGCGUAUGAGUUUGCCACGAUGGGUUCUCUGCAUGAUAUCUUGCAUGGUCGAAAAGGAGUGCAAGGCGCACAACCUGGUCCUGCACUUGACUGGAUGCAGCGAGUAAAAAUUGCUGUUGAUGCAGCAAGAGGCCUGGAAUACCUGCAUGAGAAAGUUCAGCCUUCUAUAAUACAUCGAGAUAUCAGAUCUAGCAAUGUUCUCCUAUUUGAUGACUUUAAAGCCAAAAUUGCAGAUUUCAAUCUCUCAAAUCAGGCACCUGAUAUGGCUGCUCGCCUUCAUUCCACACGAGUGUUGGGAACCUUUGGCUAUCAUGCACCAGAGUAUGCAAUGACAGGUCAGUUGACCCAGAAAAGUGAUGUAUACAGCUUUGGAGUUGUUCUUCUUGAGCUUCUAACUGGCAGAAAACCAGUGGAUCAUACCAUGCCACGAGGGCAACAAAGCCUCGUUACCUGGGCGACUCCCAGGCUGAGUGAGGAUAAGGUGAAACAAUGUGUAGAUCCAAGGCUGAAGGGAGAAUAUCCUGCAAAAGGAAUUGCUAAGUUAGCAGCUGUGGCAGCAUUAUGUGUGCAGUACGAGGCGGAGUUUCGACCAAACAUGAGCAUUGUUGUUAAGGCACUGCAGCCACUUCUCGUGCCGAGGCCUCAAUCAGCUGCACCACCUCCACCUACAGCUGGUCCAUAAAUGUCAAGCUGAUGUUCCGUGAAUUUGCGCCUCCCAUAUGGUUUCGUGCCAUUCCGUGCUGUUUUUUAUGUCUUGAAGGUUCUGUUUCACCUGGGUUCUGUCUCUUCCCCAGGCCUCUAAAUUCCUCAUGCUUUGUCCAAAUUUCAGUCUUUGUACAUGUUUUUCUACUUUUGAGUCUUGUUGCAGGCGGUUUGUGUUGCCUGCACCAGAGUGGCCAUGAGUUUGGAUUGUAACAGGAAUGAUCUGGUUGAUUUGAUUUAAAUGGUGUAAUGGUGUAUAUGCUCAUUCUGUAUUUUAGCUCUUAUUUUCCUAUGAUAUUUAGAUUCUUCA